CGCUGGUUCGUCAGCCGCUCCGUUCAAUCGUAGGAACGCUCCUGGUCGGUUCCCGGAGUGCCUUGCGGCUGUAAUGGCUGCCCCCAGUUGGCGCGGGGCUGGGCUUGUUCAAGAGGUGUUAAGGGUCUGGCAGGUGGGCCCUCAUGUCGCGAGGAAGCGGGUGAUCCCUUUUUCCUCACCCUUAAGCUUCCAACGGAGGUGCGUGUCCUGCGUUGCGGGGUCCGCUUUCUCUGGUCCCCGCUUAGCUUCGGCUUCUCGGAAUUAUGGCCAGGGCUCUGCCCUGGACCACUUCCUCGGAUUCUCUCAGCGCGACAGUUCGGUGACUUCUUGCGUCCCCGCGGUGUCCAUGCACACAGAUGAGCAGGAUCUCCUCUUGGUCCAUCACCCUGAUAUGCCUGAGAAUCCCCGGGUCCUACGAGUGGUCCUCCUGGGAGCCCCGAAUGCAGGGAAGUCAACACUCUCCAACCAGCUACUGGGCCGAAAGGUGUUCCCUGUUUCCAAGAAGGUGCAUACCACUCGCUGCCAAGCUCUGGGGGUCAUCACAGAGAAGGAGACCCAGGUGAUUCUACUUGACACACCUGGCAUUAUCAGUCCUGGUAAACAGAAGAGGCACCACCUGGAGCUCUCUUUGUUGGAAGAUCCAUGGAAGAGCAUGGAAUCUGCUGAUCUUGUUGUGGUUCUUGUGGAUGUCUCGGACAAGUGGACACGGAACCAGCUCAGCCCUCAGUUGCUCAGGUGCUUGACCAAGUUCUCCCAGAUCCCUAGUGUCCUGGUCAUGAACAAGAUAGAUUGUCUGAAGCGGAAGUCAGUUCUCCUGGAGCUCACGGCAGCCCUCACUGAAGGUGUGGUCAACGGCAAAAAGCUCGAGAUGAGGCAGGCCUUCCACUCACAGCCUGGUACCCGUUGCCCCAGCCCAGCAGUUAAGGACGCAAACACACUAUCUGUGGGAAACCCUCAGAGGAUUGGCUGGCCCCACUUCAAGGAGAUCUUCAUGUUGUCAGCCCUAAGCCAGGAGGAUGUGAAAACACUAAAGCAAUAUCUCCUGACACAGGCCCAGCCAGGGCCCUGGGAGUACCACAGUGCAGUCCUCACUAGCCAGACACCAGAAGAGAUCUGCGCCAACAUUAUCCGAGCGAAACUCCUAGAGCACCUGCCUCAGGAAGUGCCUUACAAUGUACAGCAGAAGACGGCAGUAUGGGAGGAAGGACCAGGUGGGGAGCUGGUUAUCCAACAGAAGCUUCUGGUGCCCAAAGAAUCUUAUAUGAAACUGCUGAUUGGUCCGAAGGGCCAUGUGAUCUCCCAGAUAGCACAGGAGGCAGGCCGCGACCUCAUGAACAUCUUCCUCUGUGAUGUAGACAUCCACCUCUCUGUGAAGCUCCUCAAGUGACCACCCUCUACUGAUCCUCCCAGGACAUUCCAGCUCAAGCUGCUGGCAGGAACUGACCAGAUCUGUCCUUGGCUGGGGACCCUCCAGGGACUGGUGAGAGACAUGAACACUGACUGGCUGCUAGCUGCCCUGGCCCUGCUGAGUCUGUACAGUCCCUGCCCAGCUGUGUCUCCUGUUGGAAAAAGGAACUGGCCUUAGCUCAGUUUCCAGGUGGUUCCUCUGCCUGGGACCACAGCUACAAAGGUGUAGCUAAGAAGAUGGCUCAUUGGUGGGAGCAAUAUCACCCUACCUCCAGCUAGCUAUGGGCCCAGUUUCUCCCUGAGUCGCUGUUGCUGGUAGGGAGAUUUUCUCUUCCCGCCCUCACUUCCUUCACCUUGUACUUGGAUAAGAACUCGUGUCUCCUGAAUGAGGUAGCGCCUCCCAUCUGCUCCCCAAUUCUUGAUCUCUCCCACCCCAUCCCUCUCCCCAGUCUUGGAUACUAAUAAAAGACAGGCAUUCUGGUUCUCAUCUUUA